GUCAAAAAAUUUUUAACGGGUGAUUAUUCAGCGCAAUCUCAUAUUGCUUAUGCAUCGGAGAACCAUCUUAACUUCUGUAGUACUGCAAUCCCUGAAGGAAGCAAUCCGGAUGUCGAUAUAUCCCAUGUGAUGCGGUCUCGAGCUGACAGGGGUUUUGGUACUCCACCGGCCACUACUCUUGAAGUCAUUAAUUCGUGUCCAUAUGCAACAGCGGAUAUGAAAUGGCUCUGGAAAUGGAUAGGAUCUAUGUCUAGUAUUCCGGAUUGGAAACCGUCCGUUUAUGAAACAUUAUUUCCCGGAGUCAUGGAUAUUAUGCAGCAUAGUUUAGAUCCUGAAAAAGAAGAGCUGACCACAGAGCGAAUCUUUGUUGUGGAUCCGUUGCUUGGACGAACCAGAUUAUUCAGAGGGAAAGAACGAGACCGGGUGCUUCGUAUGUGUGGCUGGCCGGCCCUCUUUGAUCAUGUUCAGCUUGAUGCAUUUGUCGAAGAGAACGCCGUUCAGCGAUGCACUCAGAGUCGGGCUGUGGCUGCAGCAUUGAUAACCGCCAAUUCAGCCAAAAUGAAGAAGGUAAGUUUUUUUAAAAAUUAUAGUUUACAGCCUUUAGUUUUCGGAUUUUGGUGGCUUUUUGAUGCAUUAAAAAACUUUAAGCGUUGUUAUGAAUUUCGUGCUUUAUUGUCAUUAUUUCUUGUUAAAUGAAC